AUGGCGUACAAUAGAUUGAUCAACAUCGAGAAGAAAAUAAAGCGAGAUGGGCAGUUCGCCCAAGAAUAUUCACGGAUUGUCAAUGAUUAUGUCGACAAGGGAUACGCUCGGCGUCUGGAGCGACAGGAGAUCGAUUCGGGAAGCGAUAGAACAUGGGAAGGUGCCGUCGGAGUCUGCAGCGACAUUAAGGAGAUGUUUCACCAGGUGCUGAUCCGACCCGAGGAUAGAUGUGCGCAACGAUUUCUGUGGAGAGAUGGAAAUGACCAACGGGACCCCGACGUCUACGAGAUGUACGUGAUGACCUUUGGAGCAGCAUGCUCACCGAGUGCGGCGCAUCAUGUGAAGACAGUGAAUGCCAAGCGAUUCCUGGAUUCGGAUCCCAGAGCAGUCAAGGCCAUCGUAGACUACCACUACGUGGAUGACCAUGUGGAUAGCUUCGCCACAGAGAGCGAAGCCAUCGAAGUAUCUAUCAGAGUGAAGAAGAUACAUGCAGAAGGCGGUUUUGAGCUUUGCAAAUUUUCGUCCAGUUCGCCUACCGUGGAGAGGAUGCUUGGACCCAGUGAUCACGCCCAGAGUAUUGGAUGGGGUGGGGCCGAGCAAAAGAUUUUGGGAAUGCGGUGGCAGCCAGCCACGGACGACUUCAGGUUUCGAGUGAAGUACCACAAAGUCGCCCCCGUCGUGUCCGAUGGGAAGAGAAUUGCCUCAAGAAAGGGAAUUCUUGAGUAUGGUCAUGUCAACACUAUCGAGAUGCACGUAUUUGUGGAUGCGAGUCAGUCGGCAUUCGCAUCAGUGGUCUACUGGAGGAUCACGUAUGAGGACGGCGACGUGCAAGUGAGGUUCGUGUGCGCAAAGACGAAGUGUGCACCGAUGCGAACGAUGACGAUUCCACGGUUGGAGCUGCAGGCAGCAGUUCUAGGAACGAGGUUGAUGGACACUGACAGACAGGACCAUAGUGUGGCCAUUGCAGAGACUGUGCUAUGGACGGAUUCGAAGACAGUGCUGCGUUGGAUUGGCAGCACACACUGGCGCUACAAGCAGUUCGUAGGGAACAGAGUAGCCGAGAUUCUGGAGUCGACGAAGGUGGCCCAAUGGAGAUGGCUACUAUCCCCCGACAACGUGGCAGAUGAUGCAACUCGGGCGCAACGCAGCGUGGACCUAAGCGAGGAGUCACGCUGGUUAAGAGGACCGGCAUUCCUGAGGAGACCAGCGGGCAGCUGGCCAGGAACUGCACCCACCGACGAAGAGGAGAUGCCGAGCGAGUUCGUGCUUGUUGGCGCGAGUGACCCGUUUAUAUCGCUGGAGAGAUUCUCAAGCUACCGGCGAUUGCUGAGGACUACGGCCUGGGUCCUAAGCGCCAGGAGGACAGUGAUCCUCUCCCACCGGCAUGGUCUCACGGAGAUGAUUGUGCGCGACGCCCAUGUGAGGAUGAAGCAUCAAAACGUGGAUGCUACGAUUGCGGAGAUCCGGACCAGGUUCUGGAUUACGAGACUACGGAGAGUGCUACGUAGUGUGAUCUCAGGAUGCAGCGAGUGUAAGCUGCACAGAGCACGGCCGAUGCCGCCGAUUAUGGGACCCCUGCCAAAUGAUCGUUUGGACGCCUAUGGCUGGCCGUUUAAGAGCACAGGCCUCGACUACUUUGGGCCGCUGCUAGUAACCGUUGCUCGGGACCAAGAGAAACGGUGGGUGGCCUUGUUUACGUGCCUGACGACCAGGGCGAUUCAUCUGGAACUGGCACAUGACCUGUCGACUGAUUCCGGCAUACUUGCAAUCAGGAAUUUAAUCUGCCGUCGAGGGACUGUACAUAGACUGCGCAGCGACAAUGGCAGGAACUUUGUUGGAGCAGACAGAGAGGCCAAGAGAUUUGCGGAGAUCUUCGAACCCGAGAGGAUCCAGUCGGAGCUGUCAAGCAAAGGAAUUGAAUGGAUCUUCAACUGCCCAGCGAACCCGUCAGAGGGUGGAGUCUGGGAGGGAAUGGUGCAGUGCGUGAAGAGGGUGCUACGCCACACAGUGAAGGAAGUGGCGCCGAAGGAGCACGUCCUGGAGAGUUUCCUGAUAGAGGCGCUCACCAAUUUGCCAGUGAGUGCGGACCAGGAAGCCCCUCUUACGCCCAAUGAUCUCCUCAAGGGAUCAGCUUGCCCACCGGAUACCCCCGGCCUGGAUGGAGGCCUCGUCAAGGAAGGAGCUACGCGGAAGCAGUGGCGCGUGGCAAGGAUAUUGAGGGACCGAUUCUGGAGGAGGUGGGUCUUGGAGUACCUACCCACGCUGACACGGAGAGAGAAGUGGUGCCGCAGAGAGAAGCCGAUUCAACGAGGAGACAUCGUCUUCGUUUGCGAUCCAGCCGUUCCGCGUCGAGACUGGCGGAAGGGCGUCGUGGAGGAGACCUUUGCUGGAACGGAUGGUGAGGUUAGACGAGCCCGCGUUAGGAUCAUGGAUGGAGAUCGGACUCGCUGGAUAAUGCGCCCCGCUUCAAAGUUGGCGGCUUUGGAUUUGAGUGAAGAAGUUCUUCACGGAGGUGGGGAUGUCGCGGAUCGAUUAUCGAUAGUUAGCAUUUAA